AUGACUCUCGCAUUGGGGAAAAUUCAAGGUGUACUUCUCCUUGGAGUGCUUUCAUUGUUGUUGGUAGGCUUGGUGAAUGGUGGUACUUCAUUCAAGUGUACCGGACCAGAAUCGUGUAACGGAAGAGGAUUCUGUAAUCCAGAAGGGAAUAGUUGUCGGUGCCUUACUACUCUUUCAUAUGGAGCAAACUCUAAUACAAAGCUAGCUAAUGGCACUGCACAAUACUAUUGGUUGCAAAGUGAUGAACCAAUGUACUAUGAAAGAGAUGGUGUUUCUUGGCUCUCAAGAAUCACUGCAGACAAUCAAAUCGUUAUGAUUAAAGUGAAAGAAAACAACAUCCACACUCAACAUUUAAGAAUAGGUCAAAACUUACUAACUCUCAAACCUGAUGGCUCCGUUGCAGUGUGUGGUUUAACAAAUGAUAAUUCGCUGGAUGUGAAUAAUUGUUCUCCACUUGUCAAUAAGGAUGGCAACACUUCAAUUCCAUGUGAAGGAGUUGCUCCAUUCUAUUCCUUCUUCAGAAAGGAUGCCUUAUUUACAGUCUAUGAUUCCACAGGUAAGGAAUGUUGGUCAACAGGAUUCUUUGAUUCGUCCAUCCAAUGGCAAGAUUUUAAUGGAACAACAUGUGAAGAACCAUUACAUUAUUGCGAUAACAUUGUUAGUACUGAUCCAACUGUUUGUAAUGGAAGAGGAAUAUGUACAGAAAGUGGUUGUAAAUGUAACUCACCAGAAGUAUGGGGAGGCUCUGAUUGUUCAAAACAUGUUUGUUUUGGAUAUGAUGCAAGCAAUUCUAAGGUAUGCAAUGGAAAAGGCACUUGUGUUGCAACGAAUAAUUGUACUUGUACUGGAGGUCACUAUCCUGAUUGCCAUUUUUCAUGUUUCAAUGUUUCUGAAUCCGAUCCGAAUGUUUGUAGUGGCGCUGGAAAAUGUACUGCUGAUGACACGUGUGAUUGUAUCAAUUUGAGCUACACUGGUUCGAAUUGUGAAAUAUAUGACUUUGUUUGUGAAAGUGCCAAGUCAUGCCACUAUCGUGGUUCUUGUCUCAAUAGUUCUUUAUGUAGUUGCACAAAUGAUCAAAUGAUUGUUGCGAAUGGAGACCAUCAUAUUAAUUUUGAUAGCAAUACAAAUCUAUACCUUACAUCAUCAAAUGGUAACUGCACUUUGGGUGUUGAGUAUUAUCUUAAUGAAAACAAUGACACCAGCACUAGAGUUGUCUCUAAAUGUGGUGGAAAGGAAUUGUGGAGAAUUUUAGAAGGGGAGUUUACUCCCAUUGAAUAUUUUUGGAUAACACGUGAAGGCUAUUUCUUCACUACCACUUUCGAUAGUAGUAUUUUGAACCUUGAAAACGAUUUUUGUCAUGGUGUGGGUGCAAACACCCCACCAAUGUUUAACUUUGGAAAUGAUGGUACUUUUAGGAUUUAUAACUCUAAGGGAGCAGUUGUCUUCUCAAUUGGUACUUCAUCAGAACCACGAACUACAUUGGCAUAUGGACAAGAAUGUCAAUUCACUCACUAUGUUUGUAAUGGAUUGUUGGAAACAGAGGACAAUGUUUGUUCUGGAAAUGGUCAAUGUAUAGGCCUUAAUCAAUGUUUAUGCAAAGCUGGUUACAAUGGAACUUUUUGUGAAAAUGAAGCUAUUUGUAAUGACAUUCCCCAAUCAUCAAAACUUGCUUGUUCAGGAAAUGGUAAUUGCACUUUUUCUGGUUGCUCAUGUAAGGCAUCUUUCUAUGGAAGCGAUUGUUCAUCAAGUUAUUAUGUAUGUAAUGGAACACGUUCCUAUGAUUCUUUUGUUUGUAACUCUCAUGGUAAUUGUACCACUGAUAACGUUUGCGUUUGUGGACAGGGAUAUAAUGGAACUUUCUGUGAAUUGAAACUUUUAGAACCUUCUGUCAAUACUGACACAGUUGCCAAUGCUUCAACAACCAGCAACACAACCAAUACAAGUAAUACCACUUUAUCCAAUAACACAACAACUACUAACAACACGAAUAUUGAUCCAUCAAGUCCAAGCUCCACUAAUAUUACUAACCACAAUAGUACUAGUAGCAACAAUACUCAAGGAAAUAAUGGAACUAGUUUUGAUAGCUCCCAUGGAAAAAAUACUACAUUAUCCAAUGACACAGCCACAAACAACACAAGCAGGGAUCCAACAAGCCCAAACUCCUCUAAUAUUACUGAUUAUAAUAGUACAAGUAACAGUACUCAAACUUACAAUGGAACCAGUCCUGAUAGUUCCUCAAAUUCGACAACCUCAAAUUCAACUCUCCCAAGUUCCAAUAAUAAUACUAUUCCAUCAAAUGAUACAAGCACAAACAACACCUCCACUCAAAAUAAGUGUAAAGAUAUUGUAUGUGUACAUGGAAAAUGUAUUGAGGGUGUUUGUAAUUGUGACUCUGGUUACAUUGGAACAUUGUGUGAUCAAUCAGAUGUAGUCAAAAAUCAAACAGAUCUUUGUUUUAGCAUAAAAUGUUAUAAUGGAACUUGUUUGGAAGGAAAAUGCUCUUGUGACACAGGAUACACUGGGACUAUGUGCCAAGACUUGGUGAUUGUAAAUGACACUGAAACAGAUUCAUGUAAUAACCAAUGUGUUAAUGGAACUUGUCUUGCCGGAAAAUGUAUUUGUCAGUCCACACCAGAUUACUUUUAUUAUGGUCCAACCUGUUCAAAAUAUGCUGCUGUCACUUGUUACACUGGCAUGCAAGCCGCAAACACACCUUUUUGUGUAGCUGCUGGUGUUGAACACUAUAUAAUGCAGUACUUGUCACAAGACGGAUAUAAUCUGUUAGCAAAUUAUACAGGUGAGGUUGCAGUACCACAGGUCAGAAUUGCUGCUCUCAAAGUUUUGGAUCAGUCAUCUCGUACAAUGGCCGAACAACUCAUGAUUGCAUGUACCACAGAAGCUUGUCGUCUGGUCUACAAGAGAUAUUCUUGCUAUUCACAUUUCCCAAUGUGCUCUUGGGUUACUGAACUUGUUAAAGGAGUAUACAAUCCAAUCUGUAAAAGUGCAUGCGAAACUAUGUUGAUGCCUUAUUUAGUUGGAAAUAACUCUCUGGAAACUUUGUGUGGUUCUUUGAAUGACAAUGAGGGUUGCUCAUCAGAGAUUAAUUAUGUUGAUCAAUGCUAUGAUGUUUCCUGUUCUGACCACGGUACUUGUAAGAAUGGAAGAUGCAUAUGUGAUUCUGGAUAUGAAGGUAACAAUUGUGAAAAGACCUCCUUCUCACUUACUCCAGCUUGUAUCAAUGAAAUGUCUUCCUCUUCUACUCCAUUCUGUUAUGCUGCUGACGUCAUUUUACCAUUGUACAAUUUGAAUUUAAUGUCAGGAGCAAAGAGUGCAGGUGAAGCCUCUAUUUUCCUUGCUGCAAAUCUUGCUAAAUUGGAUGCUCAAGCUAAUUCAACAUUCCAAAUGGGAUCAUUGUACAAUCCUAACUGCGUUACUGCCGAUUGUUUGAUUCAUAUCAAAAGAAAUGCAUGUUACAGAACUUUCAUGUCGUGCAAAAACACCACAGCCAAUUCUGUUCCAUUCUGUAGAGCUGCCUGUGAAGUAAUGUACGACCAAGCCAGUGCUUUCUGGUCAUUACCAAAGAAUGAGUCAUGUAGCUAUUUCCCAGAAUCAAGUUGUCAUUAUGGACUUUAUCUUCCAGACACCACUACUUGCUUUGGAAAAUUGGCAAAAGCCUAUGAUGUUUGCUCUGGUAAGGGUUCUUGUAUUUCUCAAGAUGUUUGUCGUUGUGUAACUGGUUAUGAUGGAACUAAUUGUGAAAAACCAGUAUGUUUCUCAAAGACUAAUAGUGAUGCAUCUGUAUGUUCUGGAAAGGGUUCAUGUGUUGCCCCAGAUACUUGCAUUUGUAAAUCUGGCUCAACAGGUGCUAAAUGUGAUAAUCCAACAUGUAAUGGUAAGAGUGAAAUUUUGGGAGGAUGUUCUUUGCGUGGUGCAUGUAAUGCCACUGAUACAUGUAUUUGUAAGGGUAAUUUUGAUCCUUCUACAUUCUGUUUAUCUUGUAAGACUGGUUAUAUGGGAUCCAAGUGUGACAUACCUGUUUGUUAUAAUACUCCUGCAACUGAUAGUUCUGUGUGUGGUAGCAGAGGUGAAUGUACUGCUCCUAAUAAUUGUUCAUGUAGGUCUGGAUACUCUGGAUCAAUUUGUCAAAGCUUUUCCUGUUACGGUAUUCCAAAGAGUGACAGCAAUGUUUGUGGUGGAAGCACUAGAGGAAAAUGUAUUGCUCCAAAUACAUGUGAAUGUGUUGCCAAUUGGAAUAAUAAGAAUAAUACCUGCACUAGCUGCAGUCCAGCAUAUUCAGGAGAAACUUGCUCAACUGCAAUGUGUUCACCAACAGAAACUUGUAACUCUCAUGGUUCUUGUGAUUCCAAUUUCAAAUGUGUUUGUAAUGGAAAUUUUGAUGGAGAAUUUUGUUCUUCUUGCAAGAGUGGAUUUGUUGGAGAUAAAUGUGAUAUUGCUUGUUCUGCUGCAACCACUUGUAAUUCACAUGGUACCUGCACAAAGACGGGUACAUGUUAUUGUACAGGUAAUUAUGACCCUGCUUUCAAUUGUAUCCCUGGAAAAUGUUUGAAUGGGUUCAGAGGUGACGCUUGUAAUUAUAAGGUUGAUACCACUUCCUUCAAAUUCAAUGCCAAUGGAGAUAGAAUCACUGCAAAAAUUUACAACACUGUGAAAAAACAAGUUCCUUGCUCUCAAAUAAUUUCCAAUUUGGAUAAGCUUGGUUCUGGUCCACAAUGUAAUAUGGAUGGAAAAUCAUCCCUAGAAAUUGUUUUAGGAGCUGGAGCCUCAAUAGUUACUGGUAAUAUAUUGAGUGUCUAUUCCCUUAUGGGAGAUAAUAAUUCGACCCUUGCAGUUUCUAUUGAUGCUGGUGAAUUUGUUGCUAUUGCUCCAACUGCUUCUUUGACUUCUGACAAGACAUUAGUAUCUCAAUGUGACGUAUUAUCAUUGAACGCUUUUGAUUCCGUUUCAUUGGAUCGUCGCCCUCUUACAUUCUCUUGGACUUGUACUAAUGGGCCUUCCUCUGAAGACCAAAGCAAGUUGUCCAGCCUCAUUUCUUCUCAAAAGAGUGGAUAUAAAAUUAAUAUGAGAACUGCUGGACUAUCUGCUGGAAUCUACUCAAUUCAGGUAGCUGUUUCGAGUGCAUUCGGAUUAACUUCUUUCAAGUCUAUCUCUUUCACAGUAAUUGCCAAGGCUGCACCAACACUCAGUGUUAAGGAAGGACUUUCAAUCAAGUAUUUGAUUGGAUCAAUUGGUUUGAUUACUCCUGUAAUUUCCUUCCCUGUGUGUUACAAUGGCACUGGUUCAACAACUUAUACGUUUACCCUUGAUGGAAGUGUUUCUAAGGUUUCAUCAUUGUCAACUUCUGUCAAUAACAACAUGAUGAUUCUUGGAUCUGGUUAUACCAAUAUUAACUUGGAAGGAGACUAUUUCUUUGUAAUUAAGGCCACUGCUGAUGUAGCAGAACCAGUAACUACCACUGUUAAAGUUACAGCUGAGGCUCAACCAAUCUUGGUUUCUUUCAGUGUUCCAGAUAUUACUCAAUCAAAGGAUGACCCAAUCGAAUUCUCUAUCAGUGUAAAGGAUCCUAGUAAUACGCAAGAUGUGUUGUCUCUCUCCACAAAUUGUGUGGAUUCUACUGGAUUAAAUUGUCCAAGCAGUCCUGAAGAUGCUUCUACAUUUAGGGCCUCUUUCUCUUCUGGUACUUACACAUUUACAGCUGUUGCAACUAAGGGUUCCAGAAAGGCCAAGGCCACCUUGACUAUUUCUCUAAUUGAUAGUGCCAAGGAUAAGAUUAUUAGAGUUUCUAUUAUUUCAAAUGUUGACUUGACAACUGUGGAUCCAACAAAGGAUUUGUAUCUCACAUACAAUACUUUGGACAAAUUAUUAUCACCAAGUUUCUCCUGGGUGUCUGAAACUGGUGACGAAUCCAAGGCAUCACUUCUCACAAUUCCAAGUGCUAACCUUGUAUCAGGUGCUUCCUAUGUUGUUACACUCCUUGUUGAUGAUGGAGAUAAAUCUGGUAUUGCCUCUCUGACCUUCACUGUAAAUUCUCCACCUACAAAGGGAACAUUUGAAGUUUAUCCAGAAAUUGGUGUUGCUUUGAGUGAUUCAUUCGAUUUGAAGUGUGGUAAUGGUUGGUCUGAUCCUCAAACUCCUUUGAAAUUCCAAUUCUUCUACUAUGAUUCUGCUUCCACUAAAUGGAAUUCCUUUACUGAAAAGAGUGAACGACAAAGUGCCUCGGUCCAACUUCCACAACCUGCCUCUGGUACCUCAUUGAGAGUUAAGGCUGUUGUUUAUGACUCACUUGGAGCUGCCUCUGAAUCAGAAACCACUGUAACCAUUACUAAACUAAGUGCAGCUGCUGCCACAAGCGCAUUGUCAGUCAUUGCAUCUGGUAAGGAUACUGUUACCUUGGCAGCUGCUUCCUCUGUCAUGUCGGUCAUUGGUUCAAUAGAUAAUCCAUCAGAAGAACAAAAAGCUGCUAUUCAACAAGCUGCUUCCUCAAUUACAGAAGCCUUCUUGAAUCAACAAGCCAAGGCUGAGGCUGUCACUUCAGUUUCGUCUGCUUCUGCUGAAAAUAGUUUGUCAUUUACUGCCUCUGUUUCUGCUUCUGUUGCUAAAGGUCUUGUUAGUGAUUCUACGACUUCUAAGGUCGUAGAGAAUUUGGCCAAGACGACUUCAGCAGUUGUCAAGAGCUCAUCUGCCAGUUUGUCCAAUUCUGCUAUUGAAGGCACAACCAGUACUGCAAACAAUUUCCUUGAUUACAUUGUGAAGAAAGGUGUGACCAAGAGAGUAUUCAGUAAUGCUGAUAUCGCAAACUUGGAUAAAGUAUUUGCUAGUGUUGCCACAUUAAAGACUAAGGACUCUGUUCCUGAUGGUCCAGCUGCCACAGUAACAGCUAAUGGAGUCACCACAGUUUCACGAAAGGUCAAUAUUGUGACAUUGAACAAUUUGGUUCAAACAACAACAGGAAAGAAUCAAAUAAUGUUCAAGAGUGGUGUUUCUGCUCUCUCAGAACUAGCCAAUACCAAGUCUGUUCACCUUGUUGUCAAAACUGCCUCCUCUACAGCAAUUUCAAAUGCUGUCACCAAGUCUAUGGAAUUCUCCCUUAGCAAUGAUACAAGUGUAAUAUCAGUUUCCUCCAAUUCUGUUAUUGCUGAUUUGGUAUUUGAAACAAAGGGUUUGUCUAGUAGAUCUGUUGCAGGAACAAUUACCUCUUGUAAGAAGAUUGAUCCAACAACUAGUAAUCUUUUAGAUGUUGGAUGCACAGUUGUUUUGGGAACUGAUGGUACAGUCACUGCUUCAGUCAAAAGCACCGGAAUUUACGUUUUGAUCCAAUCUACUACGACAGAUCCAAUAUCUAGUACCAAGAUUAGUAUGGCUCCAGCUGUUAACUUGUCUUGUUUAAUUUCUUUCUUGUUAGCUAUUGUUGUGUUUUACCAAUAUUAA